CAGCCGGUCAUCACACUUUACUUCUACUCAACACACUGGAAUUUUGAAAUCGCCAUGGCAUGGCUUAAUACGGAUAUCAAGUCGACGCUAGCAUCUCUUCCACCACCAUCUCUGGACGAGUUCGACUUUGACGCUGUGUUGAAUCCAUCUGAUCCUUCGCUGUCUGCCGAUCAUACAGUGCCUGCUGACGCCAUGUCACUCAGUAAGGAGAUCGAGGGUGCCUCAGAAGCGGGCAAUCUUACUGCCGUGAGACAAUCUCUCGCCGCAUAUCGGCAAGUGGUCGACAGGCCGGAUCAUCAUGCCGCCCGCCGCUCUCUUCUCCUAGCCAUCGAACAUGAACAUCACGAAAUCGUAGCAUACCUGUUGUCCGAAAACAUACCAGUUUCCCACGUUGAGGUAAAACAAGCGGUCUCGAGGGGAGACAGAAUCAUCCUCAAAUUGUUGUUCGAGCAUGCGUGGGCUAUCAACAAAGCAUUGUCGUGGGAUGAACCGCCAGCGCUCGCAUAUGCUGUCACGGACGAGGAUCUCACUGCGUGGUUCUUGACGAUGGGGGCGGACCCCAACGCCAGCUGCAUGAUGGGCAGGACACCGCUAUCCUCUGCUAUUCAAUAUGCUUCCUUCCGCGUCGUCGAAAUGCUAUUCGAUCACGGCGGCAACAUUGAGCAAAGCUCGUUGCUCCACGCCGCCAUCGGGCGUGAAAAUGGGCGCGAGCGCGAGCAGAUGGUCGAGUACCUCUUGCAAAAAGGCGCUCCGGUGAAUGCGGUGCUGCACCAAGACGACAGGCCUGAAGCAUAUCGGAUGCAUGAGGCCUUCGGCCUAGGCACUCCUUUGCAUUUCGCCGCAGCGAAAGGCUACGAGGACAUUUUGAGACUUCUCGUCAGACAUGGGGCGAAGCUGGACAUUAAAGAUUCUUGUGGACAAGUGGCGUUAGAAAGGGCGGAGAUGGAGGGCCAUGAAGCUGCGGCGCAGUUCUUGAGGGACCAGAUCUCUCUUAUGACAGCUCGACUUUGAUGGUGAAUCGUCCGAACGAUCCAGGAAUUGAUGAGAAUAUCCAAACAGAUAUUGAUUGCAGCCUCACAUGAACACGAAGUGAAGCGGGGGCGGGGACGAGCGGGCGCGCUUGCGGAGAACACCACCACCACGCCACACAAGCCCGCAGCAAUACGACAGAGAUUCGCAAACAUCUUGGGCAAGUGGAUUGGCCCCCGGAACGCCCUCCUUCCUCACAUCCGAGCAACGGAACGACUCCAGACGCCUCUCCCGAAUAAA